AUGAAGCUAUCCGGGGCCUUUUUCGCCUCAUCACUGUCCUGCGCUGUGCUUGCAGCUCGGCCAACCGUCAGCCCAGAGACUGCGCGUCUUAUCAUCGCCCAGCGCCUGGGCCUGUCGCGAUUCCACUCACUCGAGCAUGCAGACGCCAACACCAUUCACCACAUCAACACGUACGGAGGAAAGCGGCAGUCACUGUUUGGAGCAGGCGAUGCAGACGUCUCCAAGGCGCAUCUGCUAGUCUGGGCAGAGGAUGUCGACCAGGAUGAACCAACAGUCAUCAUCAACGAUGGAUCAGAUCGCACACUAGACUUUUCCAUAUCCGGCGCGCCCUCUGCAUCUGACAACGACCGCCUCAUCCACGACUUUAUAGCACAGGCCGAGUCGCUGCCAGAACACCCAGACCCCCAGCAGCGAACAUACAAGUCCAACUUUGAGAUUGAAUCGGCGCUUCCCCCAAAGAGCAAGUCAAAGGCUUACAAUGGCUACCUCAACAUGUGGCGCAUCGACGAGAGCUCCAAGAUGACGGCCGAGGAGCUCGCCCAGGUGCUGAGCAACGUCAACAAAAAGGCAGAGGAGGCUGGCUUCUCUACAACCGUAGUCAUGAUGCCGCGCUCGUCCAAGUCCAAGUCCAAGCGUGCCGCCAACCCCUGGGGCGCCUAUGACGUGCCUGCCAUGGAGGCGCGUCGCCAAAACCCAGAAGCCGUUCUUUCCGCCAUCCCCUCGACCUCAAAGGUUCCCAAUCUCGAGGACUUCCCUUCCAUCGCCCAGGCAGACAGCAGCAAGGACAAGAAGGGACCCGUGCGCGGCAUCCUCCCCGUCUGCUUCAAGUCGCUGGACACUUGCCAGAGCCAGACUCACAACUGCUCCAGCCACGGCGAGUGUACGCUCCUCCACAAGGGCCGCGGAUCUGGAUCCAACCAGGAGACGGUCGACUGCUACGGAUGUGCCUGCAAAGCUACAGUUGAGCAUGUGGGCGAAGACAAGGGCAUGGAAUCCAAGAAGAAAGUGACUUACUGGGGAGGCCCCGCCUGCCAGAAGAAGGACAUUUCUGUUCAGUUCUGGCUAUUUGUCGGCAGUGGUGUUAUCCUGGCCUUCCUCGUCUCGGCUGGUAUUGGCAUGCUGUACUCAAUGGGUGCUGAAGAGCUUCCCAGCGUCAUUGGUGCCGGUGUUAGCGGACCCACCGCUAGGAAGUAG